AACAUUGUUGAGAGAGCCAUCCGGAGCCACGUGGCAGCUCCGGAUUGGAGCACGUUGGGCGCGUGCACGACACGCGCCGACAAGGCGCGUGUCGUGUCAGUUGGAGAGGAGAGAGAGGACAGAGAGGAUAGGAUGGGACGCGUGGCAGCGUCCCAUUGGCGGACCGGAUUUUUUUUUUUAAAAAACUUUAAACUGAAUUAUCUUGUUGAAAAAACUAAUUUUAAUUUUUUUUUUUUACCAAAAUUCAUAACUUUUUUUUCUCUAUAAAUAGAGACUUGGUUUGUUAGAUUUGGACACAGAAAAAAAAACCAAGUUUUUCCCCAUCUUAUUAUCUCUCUCACCAUCUUAUUAUCCUUCUAUUAGCAUUUGUUUUGAAAUGGAUCCCAACAAUCAUCAUUACAACACCCAGAAUUCUUCAAGCUACCCAAUUUCCAACCAAAAUCCCAACAACUAUGAAGAUCCAAAUCAAUUUUCUUACCCACGUCCUCAAAAUCCCACCAAUUAUCAGGUCACACAUCAAUUCUCCAACCAACGUCCUCAAAAUCCAAACUAUUUUCAAGUCCCACAUCAAUUCUCCAACCAACAUCCUCAAAAUCCAAACUAUUAUCCAGAUCCAAAUCAAUAUUCGAACCAGUCAUCAUUUGUUCCAAACUUUCAUCCAUCUUAUGGAUCUGUGAGAUAUCCAUCUCAAACACCCCAGUCUAGUGGUUAUAUGCCAAUGGUUCGUGAAAAUUUUCCUAGUGUUGAUGGACCGGAAUUUCCGGAAUUUUCAACACAAGUCAAUCUUGGUGACGGGUCAGCUGAUAAUGAAGUCAAUGAAGUCACUCCUAAGAGCAAAAAAACGCAUGCACCCGCAUGGAACACUGCACAAAAUUUGGUGCUAAUUAGUGGGUGGAUUAACUGUGGAACAAGCAGUGUUGUGGGGAAAAACCAGAAAGGAGAAACAUUUUGGAGAGAUAUUGCUGAGUAUUGUAAUGAGCAUUGCUCAUUCGAUCCUCCGCGUGAUGGAAUUGCAUGUCGAAACCGUUGGAAUUAUAUGAACAAAAUACUGGGUAAAUGGAUUGGCGCUUAUGAUGCCGCUAAGCGUCAACAAGGAAGCGGUUGGUCGGAUAAUGAUGUUUUGGCAAAAGCGCAGGAAUUAUUCGCAUGUGGGAAGAAUGUUCAAUUUACUUUGAUGGAAGAAUGGAUCGCUCUCCGUGAUCUACCACGUUUUUGUAGUCAAGUAGGAGGAAAUGGUGGCUCAGCAAGUAGUGGAUCUAAGAGAUCUCACGACAGUGAUGCAUGUGGCUCAACCACUAUAGGAUCAAUUCCUCGUCCAAUGGGUAGGGAGGCAGCUAAAAGAAAGAAUAAAAAGAAAAGUAAAGAACCUGUCGUUGAGGAGAAUGGGAAAGUUUGGGUUGAAUACAAAGAUUUGAAGGCUCAAGAGAUUGCACGAAUUGAUAAGCUAACAAUGGUGCAAGAACAGACUAACCAAUUGAUGAAAACCAAUUUGUAUCUCAAGCUAAGUUCUGAAGAGGAUCUCGAUGACCGUAAGAAAGAGCUGUUGAGUAAGUUGGCCCCAUACCUUCAAAAUUCUCAACUUGAAGAAGCUUUUAUACUCAACCAAUUAGGGUUGGAUCCAAACCAAAAUUUGGAAGAUAGUGCACCUCGUAGAAAGUAUGUCCGUAGAGAUCAUGCAGCAGCAAACCGAAGGCUAAUUGACGACUACUUUGCCAAUGAGCCUACAUAUGACGAUUCAAUGUUUCGUCGUCGGUACCGGAUGCAAAAACACGUUUUCCUUCGAAUCGUUGCGGACCUUUCAAGUAGUGAUAACUACUUCACCCAGCGAGUUGAUGCAGCCAAGAAAGAAGGUAUAUCACCCUUAGCAAAAUGUACCACAACAAUGCGAAUGUUAGCAUAUGGUGUGGCAGCAGAUGCAGUCGAUGAGUACAUCAAAAUAGGAGGUACUACAGCACUGGAGUGUUUACGUAGAUUCUGUAAUGGAAUCAUACGAUUGUAUGAGCACGAGUACCUGAGAGCACCAACUCAAGAGGACCUGCAAAGAAUACUACAGGUUAGUGAACAAAGGGGGUUCCCAGGCAUGAUCGGGAGUAUUGACUGCAUGCACUGGGAGUGGAAAAAUUGUCCUAAAGCAUGGGAAGGUCAAUUUACUAGAGGGGAUAAGGGAACCACUACAGUUAUUCUUGAAGCAGUUGCAUCUCAUGAUCUAUGGAUCUGGCAUGCCUUUUUUGGAUGUCCGGGAACGUUGAACGACAUAAACGUUCUAGAUCGAUCACCAGUGUUUGAUGAUGUGGAACAGGGAAAGGCUCCAACUGUGAGUUUCAUUGUGAAUCAACGUCCCUAUAAUAUGGCAUACUAUCUAGCUGAUGGUAUCUACCCUUCUUAUCCAACUUUCGUCAAAUCGAUCAGACUUCCUCAAAGUGAACCGGAUAAGUUGUUUGCACAAGUUCAGGAGAGAUGUCGGAAGGACAUCGAACGUGCAUUUGGAGUUCUUCAAGCUCGUUUUAAAAUCAUCCGUGAACCAGCUCGUUUGUGGGACAUAGCUGAUUUGGGUAUCAUUAUGAGGUCAUGCAUCAUAUUACAUAAUAUGAUUGUUGAGGAUGAACGAGAUACAUUUGCUCAACGUUGGACCGAUUUUGAGCAAUCUGGGGAAGGUGGAUCUAGUACACCGCAACCAUACUCGACCGAGGUGUUACCCGCUUUUGCAAAUCAUGUGCGUGCUAGAUCCGAGUUGCGUGAUUCGAACGUUCAUCACGAACUGCAAGCAGAUCUAGUGAAGCACAUAUGGACAAAGUUUGCAAAUGCUUCGUGAUGGAAGAUGAUUUGUAUCGUACUAAUUACGUUAUUUGUGUGUUGUGUGCUUAGUUUGUUGUCUUGCAUUUUAAGUUAAGAAAAUAAAAUAUAUUAUUGUGUGCUUCGUUUAUCGUCUUCCAUUUUUUAGUUAAGGAAAUAAAAUAAAUUAUUAUCUAUAUUAAAAAAAAUUAAUUCGUUAAGUGUUUAUUAUUUAAUUUAAUUUAAAAUAAUAAUUGUAAUUUUAUGUAAAUAAAAAAAAC